UCAGCUGUUCUUGUUGUGCUUCUUUUUUUCCCCCCGCGGGCUCUGGACCGACAGACGUUUCCGAAGAAAGCCCCGCUCUUCAUCCACAUCCAGCGGAGAAAACUCACCGCCCUCCUCCUCUUCCUCUCUUUCUCUCUUCCACAUCGGCUGAUCCUUUAUUCUUCCACAUUGGAGUCGUCUUCCGCCGACAUCGAGCGAAGAGGUGCAGCCGAUCCCAGGCCUCCAGUCCAGGGCGGAGGGAGGGGAGGAGGUCGCUGGGUAUCGGGAUGGAGGUCGCAGAGGGAGCUGCAGAGGGAGCUGCAGAGGGAGCUCCCGGGCCGAGAGGAGCGGACGGGCCGGGGCUCAGUUUCGGCUGCGCCUCUUUCAACCAGGACUCCACGUCACUGGCUGUGGGAACAAAGACUGGCUACAAGCUGUUUUCUCUGACCAUGGUGGAAAAACUGGACUGCGUCCAUGAGAGUGAGUCUCCAGAUGUCUACAUCGUGGAGCGUCUCUUCUCCAGCAGUCUGGUCGUCGUGGUGAGCACCACCGCGCCGCAGCGAAUGAACAUCUACCACUUCAAGAAGGGGACAGAGAUCUGCAACUACAGCUACCCCAACGACAUCCUCGCUGUCAAGCUCAACAGACAGAGACUGGUGGUGUGCCUUGAAGAGUCCAUUUAUAUCCACAACAUCAAAGACAUGAAGCUGCUCAAGACUCUGCUUAACACUCCGUCCAACCCCUCAGGUCUCUGUGCUCUGUCCAUCAAUCAUUCCAACUCCUACCUGGCCUAUCCUGGAAGUGUCACCAUUGGAGAGAUCGUCGUGUAUGACGCCAACAAUUUGAACACAGUGGCAAUGAUUCCAGCUCAUGACAGUCCUGUGGCAGCUCUCACCUUCAACGCCUCGGCCACCAAACUCGCCAGCGCCUCAGAGAGGGGCACCGUCAUCCGAGUCUUCUCCAUUCCUGAGGGCACGCGUCUCUUUGAGUUCCGCCGAGGCAUGAAGAGGUACGUCAGUAUACGAUCACUAUCCUUCAGCCCGGAUGGUCAGUUCCUCUGUGCUUCCAGCAACACGGAGACAGUACACAUAUUUAAACUGGAACAACAGGCACCAAGUGGAGCAGAGGAGGCUGCCACCUGGACAGCCUAUGUGGGGAAGGUGUUUUCCGCAGCCAGUAGCUACCUCCCUGCUCAGGUGUCUGGCAUGAUGAGCCAGGACCGGGCCUUUGCCACAGUCCAUCUCCUCUCGUCAGACCAGAGGAACGUGUGCACCUUGGCUACGAUCCAGAAGCUUCCUCGGCUGCUCGUGGCCACGGUCAGCGGCCAGCUGUUCAUCUAUGAUGUGGAUCCACUGGAUGGAGGCGAGUGCGUGUUGGCCCACAAACACAGGCUCUUUGGCGUUGAUGAUGACCAGGAUGAAGGACCAGAGUGGGAGGGAUCAGAGAUCACAGGUCCAGCACAAACCUGUCCGUCCUAUGCUGCCACGGCUGCCUUACCAGCCUCUGGACCAGUCACUGCCACACUUACUGGUUAUUCUGAAGAUGGAGGAGCAAAGAAAGGCGAAGUCAUUCCAGAACACGAGUUUGCUGCUGGCCCCGUGUGUCUGGACGACGAGAAUGAGUUUCCUCCUGUGAGCAUUCAGAAGUGCUAACUGUUAGCAACAGCUCGUUUGUCUAUGACAGAUUAAUUGGUGCCGUGACGGGACUGGAGUCGGCACCGGGAGGCGCUCAUGAGUGGGUACAAGGACAGACAGACAGACGGACAGACAGACAUGUUGUUUUUGAUCAGCAUUAACGUUCUUGUACGGACAUGGGAAGCAACACACCGGGACCACAGCUUGGUUCUCCUGUUACGUGAUGACUGUGUUAAGGAGAUGGUUCUGUUUUUUUAAAGCGUAGUUGUUGAGGUUGCGUUGAGAGACAGAUGCUCUGAUCUGUCAGUGGGGACACGAGGAAAAACAUGGGCGUCCACCCUCCUCGUCCAAGAUAGAAACAUCCAAAAAUGCGUGGAAUCCUCGAGGUUUUAGUCACUUAACAAAAGACUCGUAUGUCUGUUUGAAUCUAUCUUCACUCUUUGCUCUUGUGGCUAAAUCCCUGUUCUGAUUUGAAAAUCAAGUUUGUAAGUUGCUAGCCUGGUUUGAUUUCACUCUGCAGAUACUUCUGGCAAAGACGGCGUUUCGGCCAACGACAGAAUCUCCAUAAAAAGGGAACCAAUCACAAACCCCGGUGUAGAGACGUGGUCUUAGUGCAACAACAGAAGCGACAUCGUGGCCACAGAGGAGCAGCUGCCUCUGCUUUGGCCGUUGCUUCCAUUUUAAAUAACGUGCUCCACAGAAAAACGACGCUGCUAUUUCAGUACUGAUUUAGUCUAUGGUCGAGGGGCAGUGAGCGGUUACCAUAGCGACAUAAAUGUGUUGGACAGCCAUUUAACGCAAUGUCAGUAUGUUUUUCUGUGUUAAGUGACUAAGAUCUGUUUUUCCUUGUGUCCUCACCGUCCCCCAUAGGUUCUAUUUUCACUGGCUGGUUGUGCACACAGUGCUUGACGUGGACACUUGUUAACUGGCCCAGCGUGCACUAACUGACGUCCACCUGUUCUUUUACCGUUAAACAAGAACGGGAAAUAUUGGAAGUGUUUAAACCGUUUGGCUGAUCUUUAGUGAUAUUCACUGACCUCUUGCCACAUUUGUGCAUAAUCCCAGGACACAAAAUAUAAUCAACUAUGUGCUUGAUGUUUAAAUAUUAAUAUUUUAAAUCUAAAUAUAUAAGGUGGCAACAAGCGUAACAUGAGUCCAGUGUUGAGUUAUUUUAAUAUGGACUAAAUAUUGAAAGAAAUCGAUGUUUGUGAACAUCGCUAACAUCUUCUAGUAUGAUUUAGUGUUUAUUGAUUUAUUUAUAGCGACAUAUGGAUAAGGGGAAAACUGGCAGUUCACACGCUGUCAGUGCUGUCGGUGCCUCAUACAGCCAUGCUCCUAAAAAACAUGGACCGGCUCCUUAAAGCUCCACUUCUUCAUUCAUUAUAGCACCAACUAUACCUGUAAACAUCAGCUGUGAACUGGGAGGAUACGUCACAUUUUAAAAGAGAAAAAUCAGGGAGUUUGUGCUUGAUGAAAAUAUGAGGCGCAUGCUGGAGCAUUAAAUGCAGUAUAACCACAAUUUUAGUAGCUGUAUUAUUAUGUUUUAAUUAUUUGCAUUACUGUAGCAACAUUUUAUUUCUCUUGUCAAUAAUAUUUUAGUUUACAAAUGUUUUUUCUAUUGUAUUCUGUAUUGUAUUUUACUGUAUUGACAUGUAUUGACUCCUGAUGGUGUGUAUGUACUGUAUGUUUGUACCGAUUAUCAUUUCUAAAGGUGCAAAAAGGAAUUUGCUAAUUGCACAAAACCAAAAAAGUCAAAGAGAUAAUAUGAAUAAAAUAAUUAAAAUGAAUCAUGACAAGUAUAAAAUAAACACAGUGGAGUAAGAAUGCA